CGAUUAUCUACGGAGCGAUUACGGAGUCCGGGAGCAAUUCCCGCCCGUCAUUAUUCAGUGCGACUGGAUAAUCACUAAAAUGUUCUGUGAUUGGGGAACUAGCCGUGAGAUUGUAACGGGGAUGGCCAGAACAGAGGACCCCGACCGUGCAAAGACCCCAAGCUCUAACCGUCCAGGGAUAGGGCUACUAAGGAUUCAAAAUUUUCACGAUGCCCUCAUUUAGGCAAGCGGGUCUUUUUUGUGUCAGACACGCUACCUAAGAUAAGGGACUCGGAACCCCACGAUCUUUUUCCUUUUUCAUCAAGGUAGUAACACCUACCUUAGGUUGUCUCACUAUCCAUACCUGUCUCUCAAAUCAUGAGGCAUACAAAUCCGCAAUCAAUUUGAUAUUUCUCUUUAACCCUGUGCAUCUCACCGUCCAUGUAGUAUCGUCGAGCAGCAUAACACUCGUUCGCAACCUCCGCGUAGUGAGGUAAGUCGCGUCCCAUGGGACCCGCUGCGCAUCCGCUGCCGCCCUCGAGCAGUCUUCCGCCUUUGCGCACCUUGGCCCAGCUCACCGAAGCCGAUAUCGCCGCCGCUCUACAGAACCUGUCCAUCAUCUACUGCCCCUUGGCCGUCUCCGUCGCCUUUCAGCUUACCCCCGAAACACAAAAGUUCGCUCACCAUGACUCAUCUCUCGCCGACUCUGGCUACGUGUCAGAGACAGACGAUGACCAUGAGGAGAUUGACGGCCUCGACCAUCACAUUGCCGCUCUCAAGGUAGACGUCUUUGAGCGCAAUUGCGCCGAGCGCUGGUUGACUGGCUUUAUUGCCAGAGCCGAGGCUCUCUCUUGCUUCGAAUCCGAGGAUGCCUGUCAGCACGCACUGGACCAGGCUUCUUGCGUCCUCGACUCUUUCUUCGCCGCCCCACCAGACGACGAUGCCUCGGCCGAAAAGGAUCAGGAUUACACGCGCGAUUUCGCGUUCCAACUCUCGCUCCUCGGGCCACCAUCAGCGAGUGUUCCCGUCACCGUCCGACUCAAUGAUAGGUUGGCAGGCACAAACUCGGCUGACUCUGACGAUGUCGGUCUCCAGAGCUGGGGCGCCUCCAUCGUCCUGUCGGAAAUCAUGUGUGCCUCGCCGGAGCGCUUUGGUCUUUCUCAACCUCGACUGAGUGUUUCGCCACGCAUCAUUGAGCUCGGCGCCGGCACGGGGCUUGUGAGUCUCAUGCUCGGCAAAAUGCUGCCUCACUUGGGAGCAUCUAGUCCAACCAUCGUCGCUACUGAUUACCACCCGGCCGUGCUUGAGAACCUGCGGGCCAAUGUCGCCCUCAACUUCCCAACCGCCCAGCCGACCCACGUGGUGCAGACCGCCAGUCUCGACUGGGCAGCGCCUGUCCUAGAUGCACCUCUCCAUGUUCCCGCCGAUAUCAUCAUCGCGACCGACGUCAUCUACGCACCGGAGCAUGCCCUCUGGCUGCGUGACUGCGCGACUUGCUUGCUCGCAGAUUCUGGUGUGUUCUGGCUCCUUGUCACAGUGCGGCGCAACGGCCGCUUCAACGGCGUUAGCGACAGCGUCGAGUCCGCUUUCACGGCUAGCGACAGUCCCAACCGGUCAGACGGCAAGAGACUGGCCAUCCUGGAAUCAGAGGAACUGCAGAAACGGAGCGGAGUCGGACGAGGGGAUGAGAGUGGCUACAAGCUCCUCCGGAUUGGAUGGGCCUGAACGAUUAAACGGAUCGUCCUGGGGCGUUGAGAUGAGACACGAAUUCUUCACGAAUAGACUAAAGAGACUACAUAGAUGAUAGACGGACUGGACGACACGAGCCUCAUAGACAUCAACUGCACAAAUAGCGUAACUACACCAGCAUUCAAAGGGCGGAUAGAGUAUAGAUCAUUAGAGCGGCAAAUCACUAUUUACGUGCCUACAGGAUACUGAGCUAAGGUAUUGUGAGUGGCAUUUCCACGAGACGGGGCCAUGACCAAGUUGGCUGCAUACAACAAGAUGCAAUUCACACACGGCAGAGAUGUGGCAGAACGCUUCUUUCACACGGAAGUGGUGAUAGACAAAUACCAUCAGAUAGGUAACGAGCAUAAACCGUGC